AUGAAAAUUAAAAACUCUACAGUCAGUGUCAAAUUUGCAAGUUUCAAGUACAUAUUUCCCACCAAGAAGACGGUGGAAUCAGGUGGAAGAGCCAUGACAUCCUCUGACUAUUCACCAUGGCUGCGAGUACCAGCAGGAGCAGCGUUGGCCGGGCCUAACCGAGUUGCGGCUUUCCCAGUUUCCCAAUUUUUGCGGCCUUCGCAGAUUACUGCGUCGAGCAGCGACAUGUUGCAAUCAAACUCGAGUCUCACGCUAGUCUUGAUUCGGAGUGUCUAG